AUGUCGACUGAUCCUUCCAAAUAUGUUUUCAACCACACCAUGGUCCGUGUCAAGGACCCCAAGGCUUCGUUGAAGUUUUACCAAGAAGUGCUUGGUAUGAAGUUGAUUACCAAGUCUGAUCACGAAGAAGCCAAAUUCACCUUGUAUUUCUUGGCUUAUGUGGACCAAAUUCCCGAAAAUGAGGAGGAAAAGAAGAAGAUGUGCUUCAGCAUGCCCGGUGUUCUCGAAUUGACUCACAACUGGGGUACUGAGAAUGAUGAGAAAUUUGCCUACGCUAACGGCAACAGCGACCCUGGUAAAGGUUAUGGCCAUAUUGCUAUCCUUGUCGAUGACAUCAACAAGGCCUGUGAACGUUUCGAGCAACUCGGUGUCAACUUCAAGAAGAGAUUGACCGAUGGUAAGAUGAAGCAUAUUGCUUUCAUCUUGGAUCCCGACAACUACUGGAUUGAGAUCAUCCAAAAUCCCACUGUUUCCGGUCAAUCUCCUAUCUAA